CACAUCACAAAACACCCAUUGCCACCAACAAGCGCCGUCGUCAUGCCGCCGCUAUCGUAUCAGUCGUCGUCGUCGUCCCAGCAGCAGCAACAACACCAGAUUCAAUGCAUGAAGACGUCCAUCACGGGCGUCUCAUCACCCGCUGGACCAGGCGCGCACUCGCCGACACAGUACACCAUCCGCGUCGCGGACCAACGAAGCAACACGACGCAAUGGCUGGUGCACAAGCGGUACUCGGACUUUCGGUCCUUCCGCUCAUCGCUGCUCGACCCAUCGACAACGCUGUGUGGAAGCUGUGUCGAGCUGGCGGACGAAGCACCCGUCGCGCACGGCUUUCCCAAGCGGAAAUGGAUCUUCUCCAACACGAAGCGCGUCAUCAUGGAGCGCCAAGAAGGCCUCGCGGUGUUCCUCGACCGCGUGAAUGUGUCAGUCCGGAAUUGCCAUCAUCCUGACUGUAUGUCGCGUCCCUUGCUGGAGAAAUUUCUCAUGCUUGCAGACAUGCGCUACACAUUCAUCGACAUGCAGCUGCACGACAACACGGACGAGUCGACAGCAGCACCGACGCGACCGGCGGCAAUCACGUUCAUUCCGCCGCCAUCGUCCCUUCGCCAUAGCUUUGCCGACACCCUCGGCAGUCGACGGUCCGAUGUCCCCGACCUGCUGCGGCACUCGUUCCAUGGCACGCAGGUCCGCCACCGCCGCCAUAGCGUGCACGUUUCGUCAGCCGAUCGCAUCAAGAAAUUUCGCGAACUCGCUCCCAUCAAGGUCGCUCCGAAGGCGGACAAGAAGCGCAUGUCGCUGGAAACAAUCGAAGAAGUCGCUGAAUGAUGGGCACGCCGUCGAAUCCCCCUUAUUUAACCCUUCGACCCCAACCAGCAAUGUGUGGAGACAUCCAAAUAUUAUUUUAUCUAGGCCUAACAUCUUUCAUUAGUAUAUAUAUAUAUAUAUACACACUGAGACAA